AUGAAUUUUUUUAAAGAUAAAACCUUAGAUCCAGUGACUUGGAUUUAGAUAAACUCUGACAAUUUCAAUGAAGACAAAUAUGAAUAAACUGGAUUGCUUUGGGAUUACUAUUGGAACAGAUAUUUCUAAGUUAAAUUCUAAAUUUUGAGAACUAAAAAAAAGGUAAUAAAAUACUCAACUAAUAAUGGAAUAAACUUAAGAGUGUAUAUUUUAAAGUUUAUUCUAAUUCAGAGAUACAUAAAAAGACCUCCUUUAUCCAUUGAAUAAUUUAGAAUAGAUCAAAUAUUUAAAAUGGCUUGAAAUACAAAAUCCUAAUCUAAAUUAAUCUGAAAGAUGGAUAUUAAUUUGGAAAGGUUAAGCAUUAGCGGAUAUUGGUGGGGAGUACUCUAAUGGAUCAAAGUAGGGUCCGUGGAAAGAACCAAUAGAGAAUUAUUGGACGUACCAAAGAAUUUUAUAUUUUUUAGUUUAUCGCAAGUCUAUUAUAUUGGAAAUUAUUUAGAUGGUGAGAGAAUUGGAAUAUGGAAAUACAUUUAUGAAGAUUAGUUGAUGUAAUAUCAAAAUUAUAAACUCUUUUUAGUGGUGGGGGAAUAUAUGAUAAUAAAAAUAUCAAGAAUGGAAAAUGGAUUGAAUUGAGUGAAAAUUUUUCAAAGUAUUGAAAAUCUAAAUUAAAAAUAGUAAUGCAAAUAUUACAUAUAGUGGUGAAUAUAAAAAUAAUAAAAAGGUUGAUAAAUGGGAAAUCAAAUACAGGUUUUCAUGUGUUUAUCAACUUGAAUGCAUGUAAAAAUGUAUAUUUUCUUUAGCGGCGGUGGAUCAUACAACUAGGAAGGAAUUAAGAAUGGAUUAUGGAUAGAUUUGAUUGAUAAUUUCUAUCGGUAUAACAGCAAUUUUAAUUAAUUCUAAUAUCUUAGUUUAAGAUAGGUUACAUUUAAUGGUGAGUAUUAAAAUGGUAAAAAAGUUGGUAGAUGGGAUACAUAUUUUAGAAUUGAGAGUCUAUUUUAAAGUUAAUUUUAAUUAAUGUAAUGUUUUGAUAAUCUUAUCUUAAAAAUUAGUGGUGGUGGAUCAUAUGAUGAAACAGGAAUUAAGAAUGGUAAUUGGAUAGAGCCAAGCAAUAAUUUUUAUAAGUAAUCUGUUAAAUAAUAUAAAUGAUAUAGGUAUAGUUAAGUUACUUAUGAGGGAGAAUAUUAAAAUGGAAAAAAAAUAAAUUAAUGGGUGACCAGAUACAAGUAAAAGGAUUAAUUAGAUUUUAUGUAAAUAUUCUUAAUUCUACAAAUUUGAUCAUAGUUGUGGUGGUGAAUAUGAUGCUGUUGGAAGCAUAAAGAAAGGGUUUUGGGUUGAGUUGAGUGAUGAAUUUAGAUAGUAUUAAAUUAUAAAAUUAAAAAUUAGGGAUAAUUAAAUCGUAUAUUAGGGGAUAUAUCAUAAUGGGAAAAAAAUUGGUAGAUGGGAUAUCAAUUUUAGGGAAUUAGAUUAAUUUGAAAAAAUGUAGUUUAUUUUAGAUCUAUAUUAGAGGGGUUUGUUAUUAUGAUGAGUAGUUUAAUAAAAUUGGAUUUUAAAAAGAAAUUAGUGAGAGUUUUUUUAAGUAUUUUUGAAUCAAUCAUCUUAUCAACUUUAGUUUAAGUUAAGUUAUUUAUAUAGGAGAAUAUUAAGACGGACAGAAAACAGGUUAAUGGAAAAUAUAUUGGAAGAAUAAUUUAAAAAUUGAAGAACUGUAUAAUAACAAAUUAUUGUUUCAUUUUUUUAUAGGGGAAGUGGAUUAUAUGGUGAAAAUGGUUUAAAGAAGGGUAAUUGGAUUGAAUUGGCUAUUGAUUUCAAUGAGUAAUUAAUAUAUAUUAUAUUCCAUAUUAGAGAUAAAUAGGUUACUUACUAUGGGGAAUAUCAUUAUGGAUAAAAGGUUGGCCUAUGGGUGACUUAUUUUAGAUUCUCUGUAAAUUUUGAGGAGAUGUAUAAGGAUAAUCCUAAUAUGAUUUAGUGGUUGUGGUUGUUAUGAUGAUGAAGGAAUAUAGAAUGGAUUUUGGAUAGAAUUAGAUGAAGAUUUCAGUGGGUAUUACAGUUAAAAUUGAUAAUAGCUCUAAAUAAAUAAUAUAUAAGGGUUAAUAUAAAAAUGGUAAAAAGUUUGAGAAAUGGUAAGAAUUCAAGAGAGAUAAGUGGAAAAUUGAUUAAGGAUUUUAAAAAAUGUAUAUAUUGGUUUCAUUUAGUGGCGAAACAUAUUAUCAAAAUUGA